CGCGCGAGAGUUCUGCCGAUGGCAUAGCCCAAUCCUUCGGACGAACGGAGCACUCCUGCGCACUAACUUCAGCAAUGCCCGCGUCCCCUCCCUCAGCAGAGGCGCUCUUACAGACUUGUGGACAGCACGCCGUCGAAUCUAGUGCGCUUCUUUCAACAGCAACUAAAGCAAAAAAGCGGCAAUAAUUUUCACAUAUCCUUACAGUAUUUAUUGAUUUCACAUCCUGCAAGAUAAAAUCGCAAUCGAAAACGGCAAAUCCACAAGGGAAUUUUGGUGUGUGUUCAUUGCCGUCAGUCUGGACCAGUGAGGAAACGCACGGACUUGUAGUUGACCGCAACUGAAUGCAGUUCGGUACGCAUUCGGCGAACAGGUGUCUGAGAGGUGAAAGAUUUCUUACAGGUUUCAAGGCACUGGGCUGCAACUGAUUUUUGGAAUUUUCCUAGCUCGUUUACAAUGCAUACCAACGGAAUUAUCCUUUAUAAUUGAAGAACACUGCCAUCCCGUUUCCAUUGGCCUGUUUCCUCGGCACACUUCCAGGUGAAACCGCAUUCUGGGCCGGCCAUAUUUGAGAGUGACUCGUCGCCAUGGACAACUGGAUAUUUCCCUCCACCCCACCAAACCUGUCUGAGCCCCUCAUGUACGACAGCUACAUCCUGGGCAACGAGACGGACCCGAGGCACAACCCCAAUGUCACCGACCACAAGUUCGACAAGACCACCACGGUGGUCAUCACCUUCCUGUACUUCAUGGUUUGCGCAGUGGGACUCUGCGGCAACACGCUGGUCAUCUACGUCAUCCUGCGCUACGCCAAGAUGAAGACCGUCACCAACAUCUACAUCCUCAAUCUGGCGGUGGCCGACGAGCUCUUCAUCCUGGGUCUCCCCUUCAUCGCCAUCCAGCUGGCGCUGGUCCACUGGCCCUUCGGCCUGGUGCUCUGCCGCGUGGUCAUGACCGUUGACUCCCUCAACCAGUUCACCAGCAUCUUCUGCUUGAUGGUCAUGAGCAUCGACCGCUACCUGGCCGUGGUGCACCCCAUCAAGUCCACCAAGUGGAGGAAGCCGCGCAUGGCCAAGACCAUCAACCUGGCUGUCUGGGGGAUCUCGCUGCUGGUCAACCUGCCCAUCGUCAUCUACACCGGCCUGAUCACCAAGAACGAAAGCUGCUUCUGCACCAUCGUGUGGCCGGAGCCCCAGGAGGCCUACCAGACCGCCUUCAUGUUCUACACCUUCCUUCUGGGAUUUUUCCUGCCGCUGGCUGUCAUCUGCCUCUGCUACCUGUUCAUCAUCAUCAAGGUGAAGUCAUCGGGGAUCCGGGUGGGCUCGUCCAAGCGCAAGCGGUCGGAACGCAAGGUGACGCGCAUGGUCUCCAUCGUGGUGGCGGUCUUCGUCCUCUGCUGGCUGCCCUUCUACGUCUUCAACGUCACCUCGGUGACGGGCACCAUCAGCACCACGCCCGCGUGGAAGAGCACCUUCUACUUUGUGGUGGUGCUGGGCUACGCCAACAGCUGCGCCAACCCCAUCCUCUACGCGUUCCUCUCGGAGAACUUCAAGAAGAGCUUCCAGAACGUCCUGUGCCUGAAGAAGGUGGGCGGGCUGGACGAGGUGGAGCGCAGCGACAGCCGGCAGGACAAGUCGCGCAUGAUGAACGACGCCACGGAAACGCAGAGCACGCUGCUCAACGGCGACCUGCAGACCAGCAUCUAAGCCACGAGGGGGACUAAGGGGGUGUCCAGAGACGGUCAGCGGUCCACCUCCUGGUUCCAUCCUAAAAACUGAGCCGCUAGGACUAUCUGUGGACACCCGGGUCAAAUGUGUUUUCUUUCUCUCCUUAUCUUAUCACCAAGAGCACCAUCUUAGGGGAGUGGGGCCCUCCAGAAUAGAGUGGCCCCAUUCCCUUCACACUAACAAUACAGGAGUCGGGUUCGGCCCAUUAGACUGAUGUUAAUGGCCCAUCAUCUCUAACCCCAUCUCUGAGUGAUGUGAUGGACAAAUGGGAUGGGGGGGUUGUCCAUGGGACAGCAACCCACACCCUCAUCCCCAUGGCAGGGAGUUCCUAUUUCAGUGGUAAGCCAAGAGGUCAGGUGUGGAACCCCUUUCUCUCUGACCCAAAAGCAUUAAAUACUGUAGAGCGAACAAGGAUCCUUCUAAAGACCCCAGUUCAGAUACAUGGAAACACCACCUCCUUCCUACAUCUCUGGCGAUGUCACCUGCCUCCCCCAACCCCUUCAUGUUUCUCAGCUCAUGUUUUUUUGGAGCAGUGAAUGGAGCUCGUCUCAAGACAAGGUGGCAUUUACUCAUGAAAAAAUAUUGAAAGGAUCACUGACCCAGAUUGCUUUGAUUUCUGUGGGAGGUCUUCUGGUCUGGAUUCAUUUUAAUUGGACCCAUCGGGGCUGCAGAGAUGAAGAAGUCUCCUCCUCCUCCCUUUCAAGGCAGUGCUCAUUGUGAAAGGUGAAAAAAAAACAAAGGAACCAUGAGAAGUGGACAUCUUAGCUACAUUUCAAGUGUAUAAUUUCUGUUUGGUGUUUACUUCUGAUUAGUCAACUGAAGGUUCGGUCAAUGGCUUAGAAAUCACAAAUAUAUAUGUAUUUCGAUAAACGCUUGAAUAUGAUAUGACUGAGAUAUAUUCGUAUUUCAGAUAGGCACACACAUGAUAUUACAGCGACAUACAUGCAUCUCAGUUUAGUUCUUUAAACAUUCCAUGAAAAUGGUGCCUGUUUUAGGAACAAAAUUCAUAAAGGAAGUGCACUCAGUGUUUUUUUUUGGCUGAGACUAAAGAUUCAGAUGUUUCGUGGUAUGCUGCCUUCAAAGUUAGUUGGUUUUACUUUCUUUCAAUAGAAAAAGGUAACAUCUUUCAUCUGUGGUUUGGAUGUUCUCGCUCUUGCUACACAGACCCAGUCUAUGUUUUAUGCUCUACUAUUAUCCGUGAUCAUGCAGCUUUGCUUCGUUCUCCUGCCCAAGAGUAUUUGCCGAGAUGACUUCUGAUUGGACAGACAUCCCACUGGAGCCCUGAUACAGAGCAAACAAGCCUCAGCAGCUGUUUUACACAAACUUUAAGACAUGUUUUUGGAUUUCCGCAGACAUUGCCUGUCACCCUUUUUAAUUAUGUUUUUAAAUCUUGCCGAGAUGGAAGUGAAGUUUUCACAUGUAAUUACAAGAUGACAAGUGUUUUAGUGGCUUUCCGUUCGGUCCCUUCAACAACAGCAGUGCUAUAACGAACCACGAAUAUUAAUUUGCGUUUGAGAGGCGUUAGAACCAUCUGUGUCACAUCUUUCCCACAGCACAGCUUGUAAUUUCGAGGCAGUGACUGUUAGCAGUACCAGCCAGUAGGCUUGUUCCAGACAUGGACCUGUCUUUUGCAAGACCGCACAGCUGUCUAUUAGUGGUCCUCACUGUUACGUGGACUCUGAAUAUGCGCAUGGCAUUCAAUGUUUCUACGGCAGCACGCCAUUUGCUGAAACAUGUUUGACAUAAAUCAAGAUUUGCAGGUUCACCAUUUACGUUCCCCCUGGUGGAACUAACCUGACGUGAUCAGGUUGUGAAAUACACCCCGCACCCCCUCUCUGAGAGACAGUGCCAUGGAAUUCUGGGAAGUGAGAUGUACAUCAACCACUCUCUCACGAGUACAUUGUGAAUGUGUUAUUUUUAGAAUGUGCGUGUAUUUCUACGAGCGAGGAAGUUGAUGCGCGUGCUCACACUGGUGGGAGUGUGUUUGUGUGUUUACUCAAGCGGGAGAGCGUAUACGUUUGUGCAUCCGUGUGUACGUGUUCACGCCAGUUGGGAGAGGGUGCAUGUGCGCUUGUGCUCAAAAUAGCACACUAUCCCUGGCAAUGCGUAGAACUGGGGCUACAGCGUUUCACUGCAGCACAAUGAAAAUUCAGACCGGCAGUGCCCAGUCGUGCCGUGGAGGACCGAGAGUGCGCUGGUCACCAGGUGAAUCGAUUGGUCGGAAUGAAAGCCUGCAUAUUCUCAGCAGUCGAUGGCAGGAUUGGGCACCACUGAUUCAGACCAUAACGCUGUAACUUGCAGUCCUGUCACAGCAUUGCCACAGGCACUUACCAAACUGCUGCUAGUGUAUAGAUCUUGGUUGUUUUAUAGAGACCUCUCUUGUAUCCAGUUGUUGUAAAUGGACGUGUGAAAUAUGUUGUUUAUUUAGCAGUGAAAAACAUAAUUUAACUUUGAUGACACAAAUAACUAUUUCCUUUCUCCAUUUUCCAGGACAGUAGCCAAGAUUAUCUGUUAAUAUAAAUACUGCUACCAUUAUUAUUCUAUAUUAAUAAUAAUUUAAUCAGUGUCAUUAUAAAUACAAAUAGUUAUUGUAUUUAAGAAAGCAGUGCAUUUUUUAUAAGAUACUGUUUGUAUUUGCAAUUUGUAAGAAUGAAGCACAGAUGAAAUGUU